UGAGAAAGAGGGAUGGAGCGAGAGAAGCAUGCUUUCAGUGUUGGCUCGUUAAUACAGGCAAGACGGGAAGAGACAGGAGAGAGUACACACACACCCACACACACACACAGACACACACACACAUACACAUACAGUCACAUAUUGUCAGAGUUGCCACAUAAUCAGGAACCACGAAGGGAACUGGACCAGAACUGACACAAUUGGAUCUUUGGAACAAGGUUUCUUUCUCAGGACUUCAGCAGGACCGAUGCUUGGCGAUGACUGACAUGUAAAGCCGUUCACAAAUGUCACAGUGUGGGUGAAGGACACAGGACUGUCUGCUCCUCUGUGCUCACUGCACACCAUCCUUCCUCUCUCCCUCUCUCUCUCUCUCAUUCAUUCUCCGCUCUUUCCCUCGUUCCUGAAUGUCACCUCUGCAUGGGGGAGCCUGUGGAAUUUACAAACCGUUUCCCAAAGGCCAGACAUGGAGCGAACGCUGAGGGGGCUGAAAGAGGACAGAAUCAGUCUUCCGUUCAAUUCCUUUCAUUCUCAUUUCUCUUCUCGGCAUCCCUUACUCUGGACGUGAGCUUCUGCCAUUGACUGGACAUGGUUUUGAUUUCUUUCAUUUUAAUAUAUCUUGAAAAAUAAUUUAUUUGUUUUUGAAAUUGUGUCCAUUUUUUAAUUAAAUUCCACUGUGGAUUGCCGUGUUUGUAGGUUUUUUUCUCCCGGAACCUUUUUAUACAUUGCAAUUUUCAUUUUUGGAUCUGGCUAGUGCAACGAUCACCGCUGUGAGAUACUGAUAACAUCUGGAGUCGAUGUAAGCUGAAGUAUCUACCUGAGCUUUCUCUGUGUGUGUAUGUGGAGCCGGGAUUACCAGACAGGUCAAUCUGCACAGGACAGCAGACAGAAGGCACGUACAGGACAGUGCUAGACAGAAGCAUGCUUUGUCUGUGCUUAGCUUUUUCAACAGCAACAUGACUCUGAUAAUAACUCACUGUCACACUAGAGGUCCGACAUUGCCAUAUUAGAGUGACUUCUGAAACACGAAACCAGCAACCCACCCAAGAACUUUGGCAUCAAUAACAGCAUACAACCUUAAAAGACUUUUUUUAAUUUGUUUUUUGGGCUGUGUUCUGUUGCCCGUCUCUGUCCAUCAUCCUGGGUGGUUGGGAAGCUUGGCGGCUCAGUGACGCCCUCCGUGCCCCUCGGGUGAGCAGGGCACAGCAAGAUGGCCGCCCUCGCCAGCUCGCUGAUCCGACAGCGCAGGGAAGUGAAGGAUCAUCAGGCCAACCGGCAGAUCUCCAACAAGCGCAAACCCUGCCCCAAAAGCAACAAGUCUUUGUGUCAAAAACAGAUUCUCAUCCUCAUCUCCAAAGUGCGACUAUGCGGCAGUCGAGGGAGAAAACUGGAGAAGAGACCAGAGCCUCAGCUAAAAGGCAUUGUCACACGUCUUUACUGCCGGCAUGGAUUCUACCUCCAGAUGUUACCAGAUGGCACCAUGGACGGCACAAAGGACGAAAACAGCUCCUUUUUGUUGUUCAACUUGAUUCCUGUGGGUCUGCGAAUAGUUGCUAUCCAGAGCACGAAGACAGGCCUCUACGUUGCCAUGAACAGUGAGGGCUACCUCUACACUUCUGAACAUUUCACACCAGAAUGUAAGUUCAAAGAGUGCGUGUUUGAAAACUACUACGUGACAUACUCGUCCAUCUUGUACCGGCAGACGCAAUCUGGACGAGCCUGGUACAUCGGCAUCAACCGUGAUGGACAGGUCAUGAAAGGCAACCGUGUGAAAAAGACAAAAGGAGCUGCACACUUCCUGCCAAAACUCAUUGAAGUGGCCAUGUACAGGGAACCUUCACUGCAUGACAUCGGUGAACAGAGCCCACCACGGAAAACAGCCAAAACUUCAGACUGUCCUGUCAACAACGAUGAAAAGAAUGACCCUUUGCCUCCUAAAACUAGCGCCUCCUAGCAACCAGAAGAUGUAAGACUGGAGCAUAUGCCAAUACACAAAGGAAAAUGGCAUGGGCAUGAUACAGUACAAACAGUCAGUGCAGUCCUACUAUUAAUGCCAUCACCCAUGAUGCAGGGGCUCAAUGAACCCUGCCUGAUGGGCUUCUCUGUUCUUGUUACCGCCUUCCUGGGAAUUUUUUGAGCAAUAAGAACCCUGAGAUACUCAGGGUGUAUGCUUUAAGAGGAAAAUGAGCUGUGACACCAUUCAAUCACUAUUAUUAUGAGUAUUAUUUAUUUAAUUUUUUUGCUUUUGUCUGUGCCACAAUCAGUUUCAAACACCAUCUUAUAACACUGGAAGAUCCUGACAUUUGGCCACACUUUUUGGAAGGAUCUGUUCGUGUUGUUUGUGAGCAUUCUGUGCAAUUCACCUCUUGUAUCUCUAAGCUGAGUGUAAUCUCCUCCUUGCCUCCUCUGCUGUUUGAUUAGUUUGUGACAUAGAGUCAAUUUUCCACUCCACAGCACAGGAAAAACCCAGCAUGUACUCCAGGGUACUAUUAAAACACCUGCAUGCCACACACACAC